CCACGGCGCGACAAUCUUGGGGAGGCGACUUCCCGGACUCCGCCCGCGCCCGGCGCACGCACGCAUGCGCACUGCAGUCAGCAUGAGGGUCGCGGCUCUGAUCAGUGGUGGGAAGGACAGCUGUUAUAAUAUGAUACAGUGCAUUGCUGCUGGGCAUCAGAUUGUUGCUUUAGCGAAUUUAAGACCAGCUGAUAACCAAGUGGGGUCUGAUGAGCUGGAUAGCUACAUGUAUCAGACGGUGGGUCAUCAAGCCAUCGACUUGUAUGCAGAGGCAAUGGCUCUACCCCUCUAUCGCCGAUCCAUAAGAGGAAGAAGCUUGGACACAGGACUGGUAUAUACCAAACGUGAAGGAGAUGAGGUUGAAGAUCUUUAUGAGCUUUUGAAACUUAUUAAGGAAAAAGAAGACAUAGAAGGAGUAUCAGUAGGUGCCAUACUUUCUGAUUAUCAGCGUGCUCGAGUAGAAAAUGUGUGUGAAAGGCUUGAUCUCCAGCCUCUGGCUUACCUUUGGCAGAGAAACCAGGAAGAAUUGCUCCGAGAGAUGAUAGCAUCUAACAUUCAAGCAGUAAUCAUCAAAGUCGCUGCUUUUGGUUUAGAUCCAGAUAAGCAUCUUGGAAAAACCUUAGAACAAAUGGAACCUGUUCUCUUAGAGCUUUCUAAAAAGUAUGGAGUCCAUGUUUGUGGAGAAGGAGGAGAAUAUGAAACAUUCACUUUGGACUGCCCUCUGUUUAAGAAGAAAAUAAUUGUGGAUUCAUCAGAAGUAGUCACACAUUCUGCCGAUGCAUUUGCACCUGUGGCUUACCUGCGCUUUUUAGAACUGCACUUGGAAGACAAGAAAAGGACAUGCUGAAGUCAUUUAAACUUCUUCAUGGGACACAAGUGAAAAAAGUACUCACAUUGUCGGAUUGAAUACAGUUGAUUAUGUAGUAAAGUGUAGGUAAAGUCUUGUGGCAGGAAAUCAUAUGACUAAAUUGUAAAUGAUUACUAAAAAUAUCAGGAUAACAACUAUUAAAUAUAUUGUACCUGGUCUUACUGAUAGCAAAACAUAUAAUGCUUAGUUAGAUUUCCUCCAUGGAGGUAUUUUACUACUCUCUCUAUGCCAACUCAAUUUUUUCCCCUUAUAUCUGGGACAAUAAAGAACAUAAAGGAUGAUUUUUAUUUUCCAAUAUCUGGCUCAAGAAAUGCCUACCACAGCUGCCCUUCUCACCACUUUUGCCAUGACUGAAGAGCAGAAAACAGUUGUUAAAUAAUCACUUGAAGCAGUUUUCAACACCUAAUGCUAUGGGGCCCAGUGACAUAGCAUAAUGGUUAAAUGCUCACCUUGAAUGCGCCAGGAUCCCAUAUGGGCGCCAGUUCUAAU